AUGGGAACUAAUUCAGAAAUGUACAAGCAGCGCUGCCUAGGGAACACCUUCAGCACUCUGGCCGGGCUGGUCUUCGACUGGACGAUCGUGAAGGACUCGGAGGCCGGCGGGUUCUCAGACUCCCACAACGCGCUGCGAAUCCUCCCGUUCUUGGAGUCUACGUACAUACCUCCUUCCUACAUCUCAGAGAUGGAGAAAGCGGCCAAGCAGGGGGACACCGUCUUGGUGUCCGGGAUGAGGACCGGGAGCUCCAAGCUCAAGGCUCGCCUCCAGGAGGCCGUCUACAAGAACGUACACCCUGCCGAGGUCACGCUGCUGAUUUUGGAGAACAUCCUUCUGAACCCAGCUCAUGACGUCUACGUGAUGGUGGGGACCUCCCUUCACUACAAGGUGCAGAAGAUCAGGCAAGGGAAGAUCACAGAACUGUCAAUGCCUUCCGACCAGUACGAGCUGCAGCUGCAGAACGACAUCCGGGGCCCCGAGGGAGACCCGGGCCGGCCCGUGGCUGUCUUGGCCCAGGACACGUCGACCGUCACUGCAAUGCAGCUGGGACAGAGCAACCUGGUCCUCGGCCACAGGAGUAUCCGCAUGCAGGGUGCGUCGAGGUUACCCAACAGCACCAUCUACGUGGUCGAACCCGGGUACCUGGGUGAGUGCGGGCAUCCUGGGUCCUCCUGGGUGCUGCUCGGUG